AUGGCGAUUUCCUCCCUGCAAAAACUCGCUUCCCAAAUUACGAAACAUCCCUCUUUUGCCCUAUCCUCUCGCGCUGUAAUUGCUCGCUUCUCCGCCUCCUCCGCCACCGCUACUUCAGCCAAAGUCUCCGAUCGACUCGUCAAGCUCUUUGCAGUGGAUCCGGAUGGCAUCAAGCGCCAGGUAGUGGCGCUAUCGGGUCAAACCCUCCUGAAGGCCUUGACCAAUCGGGGUUUAAUCGACCCGGCUUCCCACCGGCUUGAAGAGAUCGACGCGUGCUCGGCCGAAUGCGAGGUCCACAUCGCCCAGGAGUGGCUUGAGAAGCUGCCCCCUCCUACUUAUGACGAGCAGUAUGUAUUGAAGAGGAAUUCUCGUUCUAGGGUCAUGAAUAAGCACUCGAGGCUCGGUUGCCAGGUCGUUCUCACUCCGGAGCUGCAAGGUAUGGUGGUCGCCGUGCCCGAGCCCAAGCCGUGGGACAUUCCGUAA